GUCAUUUUCAUGGUCACGAAGUGAAAUCCCCGACCUUUGGACUACAUCGUUCGUCGUGACGUCAUCUUCAGUCUAUCGCCAAAGUUCCUUCCUAUAAAAUCUGAAGCAGUCGCUCAAUCCUCAUUACAGCAACUGAGAAGCACUUCAUGAGCUUUCUUCUGCACUUCAAACUGCUCAACAGAUUUUCUGCUAACAUGGGUUCUAUGGAGGAUGCAAAUAACCAGAAUGUGGUUGCUCGAAUUGUUCACCUUCCCCUGGUUGUGUCCACCUACGACAUGGUGUCGAACGUGUACGUCAACACCAAGAACAACCACCCGUACCUGAAGUCUGUGUGCGAGGUUGCUGAGAAUGGUGUCAAAUCCAUAACCUCAGCUGCCUUUCACAGCGCUUUACCAAUCAUUGGCAAACUGGAGCCUCAGAUCUCUAUGGCAAAUGACUUGGCGUGCAAAGGACUGGAUAAGAUAGAAAAGACUCUGCCGAUCCUACACAAGCCAUCUGAAGAGAUUGUGGCCAAUGCUAAAGAUGCAGUGACAGGAGCCAAGGAGGCUGUCAGCGGUACCGUGAGCGGUGCCAAGGAGUCUGUCUCUAUCACCCUGAAUGAUGUGAUGGACCGAACACGCGGGGCAGUGCAGGGCAGUGUGGAGAAGACCAAGACUGCGGUCAGCGGUGGAGUCCAGACGAUGAUGGACAGCAGGAUGCUCAAACUGGUGUCCAGCAGAGUGGACAAUGCACUGAGCACAUCUGAGACGCUGCUGGAGCACUAUUUGCCUGAAAAUGAGGAGGAAAAAGAAGGUGAAGAGAGGAAUACUGAAGGAUUAGAAAAUGACAGCGAUUUGGCCAAUUAUUAUGUCCGAUUGGGCUCUCUGUCCAUUAAAGUCAGAGACAGGACUUAUCAGAGAGCUGUGGAGAAAGUUCGUCAUGCCGUGCAGCGCGGACAGGAGUCCAUCUCACAGCUUAACCACACCAUGGAUAUAAUUGAAUUUACCAGGAAGAAUAUUGAUGGGUCGAACCAAAAGCUGCAGGAGAAACUGGGUUCACUGAUGGGCUGGAAGAGUGUUUCUCAAAGCCAAGAAACAGAGAGCGAAACAGACAGUGAAGCUGAGCAAAUUGAGUCGCGCACACUGGCCAUCGCCCACAGCCUCAGCCAGCAACUUCAGAGCACAUGUGUGGUGCUGGUGUCCAGUCUCAGGGGUCUUCCUCAGCAUGUCCAGCUCCAGGUGGUCUCCGUCAGCCGCUCCGCAUUGGAGAUCUACAGCAGCUUCAGUAAAGCGGCCGUCCUGGGGGAUCUGUCCAGCACCGUCCUGUCCUCCAGCCGCUCACAGCUCAGCAGAAUCACAGAGUCCAUGGACAACGUGAUGGACUACCUGCUCAACAACACUCCUCUCAACUGGUUGGUGGGUCCAUUUUACCCACGUGUGGAGCGUGCCACUGAAAACGGGCCCAAAUGUAGCAAACAGAGGACCCUUCAAGUCACUGAAUGAAGCUUAAUCGAUUAUUACAAUUCUGUCAUUAUUGAGUCACCUGAUUUGUUUUUUGAACACAAAAGACGUUAUUUUAAUAAUGUUCUAAACCGGUAGCCAUUGACGUCCAUUUUGUUUUCCUACACACAAAGUCAUGACAGCUAAUGUUUAUAUGUUGCUUCAACCUAUCUUAAUAAGUUAAUCAAGGGGUGACAAGGUGGUUCACUGGUUAGCACUGUCACCUCACAGCAAGAAGGUCGCUGAUUAGAGUCCAGGCUGGUUCAGUUGGCAUGCGUUAUAGGUGAAUUGAAUAAACUAAAUUGGCCGUAGUGUACGAGUGUGAAUGUGAGAGUGUAUGGGUGUUACGCAGCUGGAAGGGCAUCCGCUGCGUAAAACAUGCUGGAAUAUUUGGCGGUUCAUUCCUCUGUGGUGAUCCCUUAUGAAUAAUGGGACUAAGUCGAAGGAAAAUGAAUGAAUGAAUGAAUAAGUUAAUCAGGUUUCAACUCAUUUUUAAGUCAUGCGAAGUUAAAGUUAAUAAUUUUAGUCAGUCUGACUGAUGUGAGUUGAGACGGCGAAAUUGUAAGAAGUGAUUAUUUUCUUUACUUUAAAAUGUGAGUAAACCUGUUGCUUUAGAAGCGACAAGUUGACUUUACUUAAAAAAGUGAGUAAACCAGUUUUGACUUAGAAUUGUUAAGUUCAUCUAACUUAACUUUUUAAAUUAUGCACAGUUCAUUUACUUAAACAUUAUAAGGCAGAGUUUACUCACUUAUUUUAAGUCAACUAUAUAUAUUUUCAGUGUAGAAAAGUUAUAUUGAUUCAACUUAAAAAUUUUAAACGACUUAUUCAAGGGGUAAAAACUAAAAAAGUGACUUUUGCUGUUUGUUGAAGCUGCUUAUUUAAAAUAGGCUGAAACAACACAAUUCUGGAGUUUUUAGGCGGACGACUUAGACGUUCAACAUCCACUUAAAAUUGUAAAAAGUAAUAAGAUAACUUAAUCCUUUCAUGUUGUCCUAACACAAAAUCGAUUGUGUGGAACGCAGCAUUUUUGACAGUGAGUGUACUAUGGAAGUCAAUGGUCACCUUUCCAGCAUUCUUCGAAAUAUCUCAUUUUGUGUUGAAUAGAAAAAUAGAGAGUAAAUUAAAACUGUGCCUUUAAUCAUUUGUUUUUUACAAUCACACAUUCUUGUCAGUAAAAAUAUUCUCUACACUGAAAACAUUGAUAUUUUCUGUGAUGAUAAUGACUUUCUUUGCUGCAUUAUUUGGAUAUGCCUGAUUGUGCACACUAUAUUCAGUAUGCUGGCUUUAUAUUGGUUUUGUACAUUUCUAAUAAAAUAAUAUUAUGACAACA